GAAUCGGAAAAACCGAGCUAGCUACCGACGAAAAAUGGCGCGUGUUUGCAGGCGGAACUUUGGAAGCCGUAAAGUGUUGUAAAUUCGCGUUAUUUCCGGACGACAGUGGACAAAAUUGGUAGUUAAAUCCGGUUCGAGUUGUUCUGUGGUGAAAAAGUGCGCAGUAAAGUGAGAUCUCGGGUUGUUUUUUCGAUUUCCGCCCAUCCCUAAGAAGGUCAUCAUCAUUCGGCUUCUUCGGCGUUUUCCUGUUUUCCUUCGGUGUUCGGUUUUAUCGUCUGCUUCUUUGCUUUGUGCGGACUUGACGACGGGGCAGAUUUUUUUCUCGCUCGAGCUUGACGAUUUCACAAACACCAACCAAAACUCGAGACUUCACCAAUACCAAUGCUUGAGUGAUUGUGCUUUUUGAGCUGUUGUUUUGGCUAUGAAUGACCUUUAAGCAGUUGAUAAACAAAACGUGCAGCAGUAUUUGGCCCAGGCAAUCUGGCAGCAACGAUGAAGAAAAGUUGCAAAAUUUGUGCAAGCAGUGAUUUCGGUUCAGAGGAAAAUUUUGGGCGGGAAGUUUAAAAACGGUGUUAUCGGUGGUUUGUACGUGAUUUUUAUUUCGUUUCAAUUUUAUUUCAAAGCAAACCAAAAGUUAGUGCAAUUUGGGGGAAGGUAAAGUAAAGUAUUUUUAGCUGAAGGCAUCGAGUGUGUGGCCUGUGAUGAGUGUUUUACGAUCAAACCAUUAGUUGGGGACAAAGUCAAGAGCGGAGAGGAGACCCCGGUGCCGGAACACGCUGCUGGGUUGUACCUCCUAGCCCUCAAAUGCCGAAGGUAUGGUAUCGCCCUCCAAGACCAAACUGUCGAGGGUCGCAGCAAACCAACAGCAGAAAACGGCUUCUUCUAAUAAAGUAAAACUCGUAAAAGGCCCGAGACCCUUGAUCCAUCAUCGAUUCUACUUGGACAUCCAGAAGUAUCAGCUUGCCAACAAAAUCGAAUACACCAUCAAGGAACUCGGCGGUAACAUUGAAUUUUUCCUGAACAAAGAAAUCACCCAUUUUAUCACCGACAAGGACUACGGCAGCAGCACCAGCACCCAUCAAAAUCAACCAGCGACGAACGCUGACCUAGACGGCCCUUGUUCAACCAGCAGUUAUCCGGCCCACUACUCCCAGCAGCAACAACAGCCGGGCACCCCAACUACGCCGAAAACUCCCCUUUCGCAUCCCUACCUGCACCUGCAGCAGUAUGUGAACGAAGCAUCGCCUUCGUCGCCAUGUAUAGGAGCAAUCGGAACGGGUGCACCAUCGGCAGCCGGAACAACAGCAGGCGGCAGAAGCAGCCACAAGUAUCAUCAGCAAAACAGCAGCAGCAGCUUGAACAGUACCCCUGCCAAGGGUGGGAACUUUGUCGGCACCUCCGGUGCGGCCCCUAGUGAGAGCAAGGGCAAACCGACUCAACCCCGCAGCCGUGCGGAUGCUAUGCUACAGCGGGUCCGUCAACAGAGCCAGAAUCCAAAUUCGCCCACCGUCGUGAGCCAUCUGUUUCCGGCCUCGAACGGGAGCCAUCAUCCGCCGAGCCCUUGCAGCCCGGCACCACCGGUAUCGAUCCCGCCGGCAACCGUAAACGCAGUAUCAUCCAACACAUUCCGGUUCGAUCGCAAUAGCCAAAGUCCGGCCCAGUUGGCCAAAUCUUGGGGCAAGCCGAUCUGGACCACCGAAUAUGCAAUAAAAUUUCUGAAGAAGGUCAUUGAAACGUGUAAAUCUUCCGGGACGAACGGGACCGGCAUCGGUGCCACAGCAGAUCCUCGUGGGAACGAAUCCAAACACCAGUCGCGGAAAUCCGCCAACCUUCAACACCUGAGGGGGGAUUUUGUGAAGAUCGAAUCUAGCCAGAGGCAACACAGACCAGCUUUUCAACUGUUCAAACGGUGGCCAGUGUUAAAUUUGAGUGCGCGUUCCAGUGCAUCGCCGUUCGAAAGUGAGAAAGAAAGGGAUAAACCACAGGCGGCAACAGCACAAGAUUCGGUUCAACAAACUGCGGGUGUUGCCAAUAAACAGCAGACGAUAGGAAUUCACACAGCGCAGCAGGAAAGUGUUCCCCAGAAGACGGUUGCUACUGGACAGACUAAUGUAACGACUGCCUACACGACAAAACCAACUCCCCGGGAACAGCAACAGUGCGGCUACUGUGAAAUCUGUCGUAUUGAGUACGAUGUAUUGGAUAACCAUUUAAAAACUGAGGAGCACCAUAGUUUUGUGGCCAACGAUGGCAAUUUUACAGCACUAGACAAACUUAUACGGGAAGGUGAAGUGGAUUUACAAAAGUUCUUGACUGCCAACGAGCAAUUUGUGAAGGAAAAUUUGUUAGACGAGCACACAGUAGUGAACAAAAGUGAUCAACCGGAAGCAAGGGAAGAAGAAAAACAAAAGGACAAGGAAAACCUGAAAACAGUGUUGGAGGGUGCAUUGGACCAGGGAGAAACUGUGUCGUCCGAAAGCGCCGCGGAGCAAGAAUGUAAACCAGACGAACUGCAUCCGAAUAAAGACGACCAGAACGCUGCCGAAGUACCGGGCGUAAUAACUACUCUGCAGCAAGUUUCGAAAGCAAUACGCACGUACUCUAGAAAGCGCAAAGCUAAAAACACCCCCGGCAACACACCUGAUCUAUCGGAGCAACCGAUAGGGUCUCCCACAGUUUCAUCUCCUCCUGCCAAGCGAACCUACGCGGGGCGGAAGGCAGCGAAAAGAUCUGCUACAGCUAGCCCGAAGGCAUCAGUGGCAGCAGAGCCAGAACCGAUCUCGGAACCAGAGCCCUCCGGAAGGCAAAUGUUUGGACGGCGCUCAGCGAUCUAUCAUCAUCCUCACAACACACUCAACCAUCACAAUCAUCAGAAGGUUCAGAAGGCCAAACAGCAGCUGUUGAUUGACCAGCAAAAGUACAAGGAACAGAAACAGAGAGCAGACGCCGCUGCAAUUGUCGCCGAAGACGACAACGACGACGAUCAAAGCGACCACGAGUAUUCUUCCGGGAGUGAAACGGUAGAACCAACUCCGGUAGCGGCAACCAAUCAUCCAAGGCAGACGAAGAAACUAAACAAAAACGAAGCCAGCUCGGUGGAUGCGAUGAAAGUUCUCAACGAACGAGACGACAAGGAGAAAGACCGGCAAUCGAAACGAAGCGCAGCAGACAGAAUGGGAUUGAAAGGAUCUAGCUUGAAGGAGGUUACGAAUCCAACGGUGGCCGAUAUCGUCGAGUGCGAUGGGCUGGACCCAAAGAACACCAAACGGAUAAGCCUGGGUCUAAGGCAGAACCCGAAACGGGCAAACCUAAACGAAGAUUUCACUAGCUUGCUGGAUGAAACUUUGGGACCGUUGAAGAAACAACGGAGAGUACGGCGGGAAUCGGUCAAGAAGGUAAACUAUUCCGAACCGCGGGAAGAUGACAUUGUUUCACAAGAAGAAAUACUGGAAAGCAUUUUGGAAACAAGCGCCAAGGAAGCGGGUCAACCGAUCAAGAAAAAAGGUGGCUCUCCCAAACGACCAUUGGACGUUAAAAUAAGAGGCAUUCAAUGGCGAGCUCCUUCGCCACAGGAUCGGCCUCCGAUUAAAUCCCCAAUGCUAUACAAAGUGAUAGAAGAUCCAAAACCCAAAAAUAAAAAGACUGCGUCGCCUUCAAAGGAUUCAAACGGUGCAGGAAGCCCUAGCAAGUCGAAGAAAAAUGGUCUCAUUGUCAAGAUUCGGCGAGUUCGGCAAACCGAAUUGAAUUUACUGAAUGACGAAGCGGAAAAUUUCAUGUUUCCCAAAAAGGACGACAGUUCCGAUGAGGAAACAGACGAAGACCGGCAAACAUCUUCAGAAACUGGACCAGGUGAAUACUCGCAAGAGAUUCCAAGCAGUGACGUUGAGCACCGAAAUACUAGCAUGCGUAAAUCGGCAGGAACUCCAAUACCGCAGGCCAGUAACCGUAAACGGACACCUGCCUUGGCGGGUAGUCUACCGGGACCGAAAUCGCCCCAAAACCAGCCUACCACCUCCAAUGAACAGGUCGAACGAUCUUCGACACCCUUAUCGUCGGUGUCGGCCCGAGGAAAACGACGUGGUAUCCGAGGAUUGGAAGCAUUCCUGCAGGAUAAUGCCGAGUAUUACAAAUUUACUGACCCGGGCUCCAGGUUGCGAUUUCCGGAUGCCCCCAUCCAGCCAAACCCCGAACUAAAAUCAACUGCUGACCUAGCAGCAGAAGCAGCAGCAGCCGACAAAGGUCUAAUGCCACCGCCACCAAAGAGGAAAAGUGGUUGGCCGCGCGGUAAACCCCGCAAAUCGGUCCAACCAGAGGCCACCGUUACGACCUCGGACGAGAAUCAAGAGGAUGCUGGUAGUGCCAGCUCCUCCGAACAACAGGACGUAACCGGUUACGUGCUGCCGGCGGCUUUAGGAACAGUUCGUGGGAAGGAGGAUGGGAUGGGGGUGUUCAGAUGGAGUAGUUUUAUCAACAAUUGUGAAAAGAUUGAACCGUAUCGGUUCGCCUUCGAGCGGGUACCAUCGCUGGAACCGUGGUUCGAAACGUUCCAGCGGCAGGACGAGAGCACCGAGAAGACGUACGAAUACUUUGGCAAUACCGCAUACCGGAAACUGCCAUACGAAAUGGGAAAGCUGCCGGGUUUGCAGCCAAACUGUUGUUUCCUGAACUAUCGACAAAAGUCACAAACUCCAGAGGACCCGAAUCCGCCUAGUGGCAGCAGCAAAGGCGCCUCCUCGAAAUCCAAAACGGAUGCCGAUGCAGGCGAUGAAACGGAUAGCGUCAGCAGCAGUAAAGAGAUCCUAGCGCUACCGCUCAAGAAACGAAAACUGCUCUUGGAUGCGGAUCGUCCGCGAAAAAGUCCCCGGGAGCACGCUUCGACGCUGGCCAUCUUGAGCUUACUGCAGCAACAACAACAGCACAAUCGACGAAGGACUCUCAGCGGUGGAAGUGUACCGAUGGUAUCCACCGGCAACCUGCCUCCGCCGAGUCCGACGCCCUACAGUCCCAAAAAGGAAGCCAUCAAGCAGCAACAGCAGGAAGCCGAUUCCGCGCUCGGAGAUGAAAUUCGUUCGUCCUGCGGAAGUGAUCCUAUAACGGAAAAAGACGUAGAAAUGGAGGAGUCUGAAACGACAUGCAAAAAGAUUAAAUUUAACCCGCCGACCAUGGUCGAUCCUAACUUCAUCGACUACAAAACUAUGUGCCAAGAGUUGGAUGAUUUCCUAAACGAACAGGGUGCUGACUUUCCCGAGGAAGAGUUGAUCCCGUCGAAACCGAAGCUGAUCGUUCCUUUGCUGGGUGAGACGCCACUGCCGCAGGAUUGGUCCGACAUUGUGCAACAUUGUGAUAAGGAGCCGCCUCUGAGUGUCAAAUCAGUGGCCCGACAUGAGUGCAUCGUGCGCAAAAUCAUGACCUACGAUCGGAAACCACGUCCUUUGGGUGCUAUUACGUUGAAAUCAUUCGACGUCGGAAUCGGACUUGGUACGAGUUUGUUCAAGAAAGCACGGAUAAAUCGUACCGGAUGGCCGAAUGUGAAGAAACGUAUUGUUACCAGGAAGCAGCAGAAAAUGCUGAAGGUAGUCAAAACCGACGGGGAGAUGAAGACAGAGGCUGGUGCUGACGAUGGGGAGGGAUCUCGGAAAUCAUCCACCGAAGAUUCAAUGAUGAGCGGUGUUGAAAAGUUGAAACAGGAGGACGAGGACGAUCUGGAAGAUGACGAUGAUGAAUUCGAGGACACGAUGACUAUGCUGGAUGACGAUGACCAACAAACGACUAUCGGGGGUCAGCCGGAUAAUUUGCUGACAGACGACGAAGAAUCGGAUGAUGCGCCAAAAAGUGCUCCGGCCGAUCCACCUCGAACUGCUACUCCAGUGCCAUCCAAGGUCGUAGAAAGUAUUCGCGCUCCAAGCAGCUCUCGAUCUGGUUUACCAAGUAGCAAAAGUGAAGCCAGCAUUAGUGCCGCUCCUGAAUCGCAGGCGGAAAGUAACAUCGAGCCAUCCACAUCGACUGCGUCCGUAACGGUGCCAGCAAAUAGUGAUGACGGGCAGCAAAAUCCCCCGACAACUAGUGGCAAUGUACCCGGUCCUGGUCGAAGUAAACCCAACCAGGCGGAGGACGAUGACAAGGAGUGCGAUUCGAUUAGCUCACGAAGUAUCUUUGUGAGCGAUGACUGUGAUACAACUUCGUCUACGCUCAUCAACAUGUGUACCGAAGAUCCGCUUGGGCCAGGAUGUACGACUCCGCAGCCAGAAGAAACUUCGGAAAAUCAUCGACCAGCAUCCCGGGCCCGACUGAACAACACCCGUUCGAUGAACUCUGCUGGUGCAGCAUCAAGCACCGAUCGCAAGCGGCUUCAGCCGGUUGUUCGUAUCGAACGACUGUCUUGUCCAAGCACCAUGCGCACCCGAUCCUCUUCGCGGACACCGGUAAAGCGCACCUACAAACGAUCGAUCUUUACCAGCGCACUUUGCAACUCGGCAGGGAAACCGCAUAAGAAAAAACGAAAAUAUAACCGUCAUAAGGUUAAUGGAAAUAGUGGUGCAUCAUCUGUCGGUUCUUCAACUCCUACUACCUGUUCCGAGGAUGCCGUUUCAUCGUCACUCGAAUGUGAAGACUCGAUGGCCGGUGAAGAGCAACCCUCUACGCCGCCACGAAAAUCCAUCAAAGAUCGACCACCCACACCUAGCCCCAUUAAAUUUUCUCCCCGAAAGUUACGGAAACCCCGGGGGAGGUGGUAUCGGGAACGAUAGGGCCCCGCAGCAGGUCUUAGUUUUAAUUGAACAUACAAACAAGGGAAUAACACCUGCGAUAAAAUAUAGGCUCAACAAAUCCCGAGUUACUGAAUUUGAAAGCCAAGGGUAAAGCAAAAGAACUGAAUCGUCGUGACUGUCCUAUUAUGUGUAGGGUUUUAUAGCUUUUGUUCAACGAAUUUCGCUUCCCCCCCACCAAGCAAAGCAAACUUUCGCCGCUUUGUUUGUGCCGGAGGUUUCUUUUGGAACUGAAACACGACUUCGUCGCUACCGACGUCUCUCAAACAUUAAACAUCAUCAUCAACCUUCGACAGCGCAUACUAGAACAGAUCGUGUUUGUUUUAGUUGUACCGUUUUAUUUACAAUUUAUUUAAUUUUAGGUUGUAGCGCAAAUUCGUUUGAUUAGUGGUACUGUUUUUUUAUUAGGAUUAGCUUUAAGACAGUUGAAAGGAUAAAGAAUACUAACAACAAAUAAAUCACCAUACAAUACGGAAUCGCAAAUGUGUAAAAAAAAACAAACAAACAAACCAAUAGGCAAAGGAAACUUACCGAAUCGUUUAUCACCCCUAGAUUAGGAACGCGUAUUGUAUUAUUUUUCGCGUUUUUCCUCCCUCUUUCUCCGAGGAAAAAAAGCGCAAUAUUGGAAACCCAAUUGCGAAAUCCAGUAUAGGCCAAGAAAAAAAACGGAAAAAUUCCAAGGAAACCGCAGAACAAAAUGUCCAAAAUAUACUACAAGCGUAUUAGUGAUGGUAAAAAAUUUCGCCAUUGGAACCCAUUGGAAAAUACAUACCGAAUACACGUUACAAGUCAAAAGAUAUCAUUUUAAAUUAUAACCAUUUGCAGCUUAGGAGACAGCAGGAGGAAAACAGAACAAUGGAAAAUACACCCAGACAGAAGGAAAAGAUAUCUCAACGGAAUAAUGUAAUAAAGAAAGACGAUGUUUAAACAAUUACAA